CUUCAGCACCAGGGCUCUGGACAGCGCACUGAGAGGGUUGCAGUCUGCAUGCCCCUUCCUCUCAACCUAAACCAGCUCUGCUAUUGCCGUUAUAGUCCCCCUACUGCAGAAAAAGAAAAUUACAUCGGGAUCCAUGCAGCCAGCAAUGAUGAUGUUUUCCAGUAAAUACUGGGCAAGGAGAGGAUUUUCCUUGGAUUCUGCAGUGCCUGAAGAGCAUCAGCUACUUGGCAACUUAACACUCAAUAAGGCAAACUCUGGCAGAAAUGAUGAUAAAAAAGGCAACAAGGGAAGCAGCAAAAGUGAAACUGCUAGUGAAAGUGGCAAGACAGCAGUCGUAUUCUCCUUGAAAAAUGAAGUUGGCGGAUUGGUGAAAGCGCUGAAGCUCUUUCAGGAAAAACAUGUUAACAUGGUUCAUAUUGAGUCCAGAAAGUCCCGGCGAAGAAGUUCGGAGGUAGAAAUCUUUGUGGAUUGUGAAUGUGGCAAAACAGAAUUCAAUGAGCUCAUUCAGUUGCUGAAAUUUCAAGCCACAAUUGUGACUCUGAAUCCGCCAGAGAACAUUUGGACUGAGGAAGAAGAGCUAGAGGAUGUGCCUUGGUUCCCCCGGAAGAUCUCUGAGUUAGACAAAUGCUCCCACAGAGUCCUCAUGUAUGGCUCUGAGCUUGAUGCCGAUCACCCAGGAUUUAAGGACAAUGUCUAUCGACAGAGAAGAAAGUAUUUUGUGGAUGUGGCCAUGGGUUAUAAAUAUGGUCAGCCCAUCCCCAGAGUGGAGUACACCGAGGAGGAAACGAAAACCUGGGGUGUUGUGUUCCGGGAACUCUCCAAACUCUACCCCACGCACGCUUGCCGGGAGUAUUUGAAAAACUUCCCUCUGCUGACUAAGUACUGUGGCUACAGGGAGGACAAUGUGCCUCAACUUGAAGAUGUGUCUGUGUUUCUGAAAGAAAGAUCUGGCUUCACAGUGAGGCCAGUGGCUGGAUAUCUGAGUCCGAGAGACUUCCUGGCAGGACUGGCCUACAGAGUGUUCCAUUGUACUCAGUACAUCCGGCAUGGCUCGGACCCCCUCUACACCCCGGAACCGGACACAUGUCAUGAACUUCUGGGACACGUUCCUCUACUUGCAGAUCCUAAGUUUGCUCAAUUUUCACAAGAAAUAGGCCUGGCGUCUCUGGGAGCAUCGGAUGAAGAUGUUCAGAAACUGGCCACAUGCUAUUUCUUCACAAUUGAGUUUGGCCUUUGUAAGCAAGAAGGGCAACUGCGAGCAUAUGGAGCAGGACUCCUUUCUUCCAUCGGAGAAUUAAAGCACGCUCUUUCUGACAAGGCAUGUGUGAAAGCCUUUGACCCAAAGACAACUUGCUUACAGGAAUGCCUUAUCACUACCUUCCAGGAAGCCUACUUUGUUUCAGAAAGUUUUGAAGAAGCCAAAGAAAAGAUGAGGGACUUUGCAAAGUCAAUUACUCGUCCUUUCUCAGUAUACUUCAAUCCCUACACACAGAGUAUUGAAAUUCUGAAAGACACCAGGAGUAUUGAAAACGUGGUACAGGACCUCCGCAGUGAUUUGAACACAGUGUGUGAUGCCUUGAACAAAAUGAACCAAUAUCUGGGGAUCUGAUACCUGGACCAGUGUUGAUGUCAGCACGAUGUUUUUGGGGCUUAGCAGCAUUUCAGUCAAUGUAAUAUAACACCAAUAACUUUCUGUGUGAUGUCUUGGCUAGGAAGCAUGCAACUCUGUAUAUCUCGACCUGUGUAACUUACUGUUGUUAAUAAUGUGAAACCCCAUAAGGAAUCCGAUGGUACAUCACUACUCAUUCAUUGUCUGGAAGAUUCAUUGUCUAGAACACAUUUAAAUGUUUUCAAUAGAUUCGACAUUUCUGCCUAGUGUCCUUAACCAAGCUGUAUCUAUUUAAAGUGUGUAACAAAUAGUACUCUUAUAAUUCCAGUUUAUGACCUUUUCUCUUAGAUCUGAGCCUUUCCUCUGUGUUCAAUUAGAUAAAAUGAAAAUAGCAGUGAAGCUGUUUCUAUUUUCUGUAGUAUCUGUGUUUUCACAGCAUUUUUUUUUGAGAUAAACCCAGAGUUGUAUGACAUUUCACAUUAACAAAAGAUUCAGUCAGUAGUCUCCUUUCAAAUAUGAAAACAGUGAACACAACAGGUUGAGUCUUUUUUAUAUAAUAUAAGGAAAGAACUUUUAACAAGUGGCAUAUAUUGGUUCAUUGACCUUGUAUAAACUGAAUGGUGGCACACUUCUCAAAUUAUUUUGGAAGAAAAUACAUUUAGAAAGAACAUUAGGGAGGACUAAACCAUGGGGAAUAAAUCUUGGGACUAUGGAUUUUAUGCCAGAAUAAAGUGAAUUAUC